GAGAGAGAGAGAGAGAGAGAGAGAUGUACAAGGAAUGUGCCACUAAUAAGAAACGGGAGCGUUACUGUGGACGCAUGAGAGGAGGGCAAAAGCGGGAAAGACGGGAACAAAAAACGACUAGAAAUGCGAUAAAAUAGUAGCGAAGGGGGAUUAUAAAGGAGAGAAUUUUCACACCCGUUAAUGGAAGGAUUAUAAUCCACUAUUGGAGGGGUUUUUGACGCUCCCCAUGCGGAGGUUUGAGCUCGGUUGAACCAUGCAGGGACUGCUGCUGCUUCUGAGUUUGUCGUUGAGUUUUCACAGAGUGCUUACAGCACGGUUCUCUCAGGAGCCUGCAGACCAGUCGGUGGUUUUGGGCCAGAGGGUGGUCCUGUCCUGUGUGGUCUUCAACUAUUCGGGCAUUGUGCAGUGGACCAAGGAUGGACUGGCCUUAGGCAUCGGAGAAGACCUCCGGGCCUGGCCGAGGUAUCGUGUGUUAAGGCUGGUGGAUAUUGGCCAGUAUAAUUUGGAGAUCUCCCCUGCAGAACUCUCAGAUGACUCUCUCUAUGAAUGCCAGGCAACGGAGGCAGCGCUGCGCUCCAGACGUGCCAAACUUACCGUUCUUAUUCCUCCUGAUGAUCCAGUGAUUGAGGGCUUCCCAGAGGUCCUCCUCACAGCAGGGGUCCCUUACAACAUGAGCUGUGUGUCCCGUGGAGCCAAACCCGCCUCUGUCAUAGAGUGGCAGAAAGACGGGCUGCCGAUAGACGGGGCCGUCAGCACCACGGAGCUGCUCCCAGACAGGAAACGAGUGACCACACGAAGCUUCCUACCUAUUCUUCCCAUAGACACAGACACAGGGAAGAACUUUACCUGUGUGGCCACUAACCUGGCUGUGCCCAUGGGCAAACGGGCCACUAUCACCCUCAACGUACACCACCCACCAGUGGUGACAUUAUCAAUUGAGCCUCGCUCUGUACUAGAGGGAGAAAGAGUGACCUUCACAUGCCAAGCUACAGCAAACCCACCUAUUAUGGGCUACAAGUGGGCAAAGGGAGGUGUGGUCAUACAGGGUGCAAGAGAGAGUGUAUUUGUCACUAAAGCUGACCACUCGUUCUUCACCGAGCCUGUGUCCUGCCAAGUGUUUAACGCUGUGGGCAGCACCAACGUCAGUAUACUGGUUGAUGUCCACUUUGGUCCUAUCCUGGUGGUAGAGCCCAAACCAGUAACAGUGGAUAUGGAUUCAGAUGUCACUCUUAACUGCAAGUGGGCAGGAAAUCCUCCGCUCACACUCACCUGGACAAAAAAGGGUUCAAGCAUGGUGAGCAACCUUUCUGAAGUAUUGAGUAAUAAUAACCAGCUUUAUCUGAAGUCAGUAAGUCAAGCAGAUGCUGGUCAGUAUGUUUGUAAGGCCAUUGUGCCCAGGAUCGGAGUGGGCGAGACAGAGGUCACACUCACUGUCAAUGGACCACCCAUUAUCUCAAGUGAACCAGUCCAGUAUGCAGUUCGAGGAGAAAGGGGAGAAGUCAAGUGUUAUAUUGCCAGCACCCCUCCCCCAGACAAAAUUGUAUGGGCGUGGAAAGAGAAUGUGUGGGAAAAAGAGAAGGGGACCCUGUCAGAACGAUACACAGUGGAGCAAAGCAAACUGACCACUCAGGGUGGAGCUGUUCUGUCCACCCUAACCAUCAACAACAUCAUGGAGUCAGACUUCCAGUCUACAUACAACUGCACAGCAUGGAAUUCAUUUGGACCUGGGACCAUGAUCAUCACGCUGGAAGAGACUGAAAUAGUGCCAGUCGGGAUCAUUGCAGGAGGCACUGUAGGCUGUUCCAUUCUACUUCUUCUGUGUUUACUAGCAUUAGUGCUGUUCUUAUACAGGCAACGCAAAGGAAGUCGUCGUGGGGUCACGCUCGGCAAGCCAGAUAUCAAGGUAGAGACCAUAAAUAAAGAAACCCACAGCCUGGAGGAAGACUCGGGCAGCAUCUCCACGGCAACACGCAUGGUUAAAGCCAUGUACUCAUUUUUACCUUCUGUGACCCUUUCUCCUUCCUCCCAGCCUUUUAAAGAUGACAUAGACCUCAAACAGGAGCUGCGCAGCGACACGCUGGACACUCGCCAGGACUAUGAGCUCAAGGACCCAACAAACGGCUACUACAAUGUGCGAGCUUCCACCCAUGAUGAGGGACGUCCAGCCUCCCGAUCCAUGCACUACUCUGACUAUCGCACCUCCACCCAGCCAGGAGGCGCUGCAGUUGUAAGCGGUAGCUCAGGAGCUCCGACUGCAGGUCCAGGAACACCGAGCACCUUGGCCCCAGGGUCACGAGCGGGCUGCUAUGAUCCUCGUCCUCCCUCCAGACUAUCGCACAACAGCUACGCCCAGUUUAACACCUUCACCCGUGCUGGGCAAUCUCAGCAGCCCCCACCCAGUUCUGGCCCACAGACUAGCGACUUUCCAGCUGACUGCAGCCUUUUGGACUCUACCCCUCAGCUAGGAUACGAUAAUUACGGCUACCCGUCACACUAUCCAACGUUUAGAAUGGGUUUUGCUCCGACCAGCCUUGCCACAUUGGAAGGUGGGUCAGCGUACGAGAUGUACGGGGUGGGGCCGAGUGUCGGAGCUGGAGGAGGUACCGGAACCCCAGAGACGGGACUCGGGAAAUACGGAAGUUCCACGCGGUUCUCCUACACUUCCCAGCAUUCCGAUUAUUCCCACCGACACACACAAAGGAUGCAAACGCACGUGUAAGGAGGAAGUGUUUCGCAAAAGUUACACUUAUGGUAUGCCAGUGUUGGCCAUAUAAGUAGACACAGUCACACUUACACAUAUACAAAGAGCAGAAAUAGAUAUAAAUGAAGGGUACAUGAAACAGAAAGUUUAGUCUGAACAGAGACCAAGAAAUGAAAACAGGAUGCAGAGCAGGAGAAAAUCCUCUUUUCAUCUUUGUGUUUGUUUCCUAGCUCCAGGAACUGGUGGCGAAUGUCACAAUCAGGAGAGACAGGAGUCAAGAUCUAAGAUCUUACGUCCAAUAGUGCGAAUGCUCCGAAUAAUGAUCGCAUAGUAAUUCAUAAGAAAUUAAGGGAAUGCCUCUUAGGCUAACAGUCAGGGGCCUCUGCAGAGAUACGAAUGGAUGAAUUCUCUUGAAUGGCUUCUUCAAUUUCUCUCCGUAUGCUUACGACAGCUAAAACAUAACAUUUAAUGACAAAUUGCACAAUGUACAGUGAGGUCAAAAAGUCCAAAACCAUUAACAUGCAGUUGUUACUGCAAAAUAGGGCAUAAUUCCAUAUGCCCCUAUAUGACUUUCAUAUUAACACAUUUUGAAAGUCAUUUUAAUUUUUUUUGCUUUGUUAUGCUGAUAAAAUUUACAAUUAACAUUUUUAUAGUAAAAGCAAAAUAGAAGAGCUUUCACUAGUGGUCUCAGAUGUUUGGACUACUAUAAAUAAUAAUGUUCCAAAUCACGUUUUUUUUAUUUCUUCUCACAUGAAUGUUUGACAAAGGAAAUGAAGAGCACAUGAGCUACAGUAGUAGCUAAUAUUAUUUGCAACCAAAGCAUAUAGAAGUGUUUUGAGACAAACUCAUGUAAAUCAGCAUUUGCCUGGCUAUGCAGCUUGCUGAGCUACCUCACUUAACAGGUUACUAUAUUUACAGUGCAACAACAAAAUAACCGUACCAUAAUCUAUAAACAGGGCAACAGGUUCCUAAUCCCUUCUACGAAACAUUGCAAUCCAACCCAAUUUAAAAAAGCACUUCGCAAAAUAAAAAAAAUCGCAAUAAUCCAUAUUACCCUUUAAAUGACAACUUUAUGAUGGAGACCACUUGAGGAAGCCACUGAACAGUUUUCAGACAUGGUCAAUGACAGCCAUUUAGUUCACAACUAUCAUACUAUCAACUAUAGUUCAGAACAAUGAAUUAUAUAUAAAUCUAUAUACGUAUACAAGAACGCCCCACUCUUUUCCAUGGUGCUUUUGUAGUGGGGCCAUUGUUUGCACUGCAUUCCAGUAUUCUAUUUUAGAUUACCCUCAUAAUCGAUAUGUAAUCUCUCAUUUGCACACUAGGCUAGAGCGUAAAUUUUUGAAUAUUACCGAAAAUCUUUUUUUCUUCAUUUUUCUGUAAGUGAUUCUGGACCAAAGGUUCAACGAUAGAGUGUCAGUCUUUAUUUGGGUGAUAUUCACCUCAACAAACAAGAAAAUAUGCAGAUUUGUUUGUUAUUGUUGUUUGCGAAUCUAUUAGGUCGUGAGUGACCCAGGGUGGUUCGUGGGUUGAGAACAGCAGAGAAGGUCCUAAACUGUAUGAUCCAGCCUUAGGUAUCCAAACUCACCCUUACUGAUCAGGCUGCUAUCACAUUCGUCUUAAAGAUUAUGAACAUCAAAUUGGAACUAAUUAGGAGUGGGAGUGAUUUAUAUUAAAAGAUAGCACUAGCAUAAGUUUAACUUUAUAAAUGCUUGAAAGGCUUUUUCAUUCACUUACACAAACACCUGAUAUUUGUGCCAAACACAGACAAACUAACUUGAAGUAUUCUGCCAAUUUACAAAAAAAACCUACCUUACGGGGACCAGAGAUGGUCGUUGGCUAUGAACUGUCUUCAACAGAUGCCCGAAGGAUGCCAUUUUCAAACCAAUGUGGAUCAUCAGAACAUGAGGAUGAAGACAAUCUCACAAGUAGUUCUUGGAACAGUGAGGUCACUACGAAUAGUUCUGUCUUUGUCUGCGUUUCGAUGCUUUGCAAACAAAUGAGCCCUGUAAAUAUUUUCCAUGUGUAAUUCCAACUUAAAGUAUUAUUUUACUUCAUCCAAUGCGAUGCACUCUUUAAAUGCAGUAUUGUUGUGUUUCCAAUCACGGGAAGAAAAUGGACAAACACCACUGCGGCGGUACUUUCGGACUUGGUACGGUACAAAGAGGAUGAUGAGUUGUGUGUAGCUCGGCUGUGUGAUGUCAUGAUUCCAAGAGCAAUUCAGAAGGAUUCAUCUUAAUAUCUGACUGAGCUGCACUCAGCCUUGGUACUGAUGAUUUAUUACUUGUGUGAUGGCUCUUGAGGGAGAUGUGACUCCACUCACUGGACAGUAUUUGCAUCCCCCAUCUGAGAACUUGAAGCUCCAUCAAGGAAGGAAAGAAACAUGAAGGAGUACAUAUAAUAUAAAAAGAGUGGCCUUAGGAAAACAUAACUUUUAUAUUCCCUCACUUUAUAAACUGGCUUAAGGCCAGAGAAGUGCGUGUAGAGGAUGUGUGCUUUGUGUGUGAGUGCAAAUGAGUGAGUAUGAAAAUCUUUAUGUAAUCUGUUCAUUUACUCUCACGUUCCUGCUCCAAUACUUUUCUUCUGCUGGUAGGAGUGUGUAUCCUGUAUAAUUGUGUCUUAGAAAAUAAGCGUUGACCUUACUGUACUAUUCUUGGUAGCUGAAAGAUGGUUGACAGAUGUGCAACAAAAGUUAUUGAUUUUUUAAUUUCCUUUUGAUUUUUUCCAAUAUUUUUUAAAAAUGUUACGUAAUUAUUUUUUCACAGUAUAUCAGAAAUAAAAGCACUGUUUUUCUAAGAAUAAA